UUAUCCAUUCAUUAACUUUGUCCGUCAGUACAGGGGAAAGCGAGAGGCCUGCGCAUGCGCGUUCCAUUACACUUCCGGGUUUGCUUUUUUUCCCCAUUGAAAUGUAACGUUUCUCUUGUGAUGCGCGUAUGAAACUUGUUGCCGGAAAGCAAACAAAAGGUGCUCUAAUACAUUCAAUUGUAUAAAGGCAGCAGUCAGAGCGGCGGCGAGUAGCUACUGUCAUGCUCGGUCUACAGGACUCUCGUUAGACUCACUGUAAUGGCCUGAUGUUGCGCUGUUGUGCCUUGUGAGCGGCCGGACUGACAGCAGCAUGACCCGCCUGAUGUUUCUCGCGGCCGCGGCGUUCCUCUUGUCCGCUCCGGCCAGCGCCUCUCAGGGGGACAAAGAGCCGGUCUACCGGGACUGCGUCAAACACUGCGUCCGGACGAACUGCACAGGGGCCCGGCUGCGCGGUUUCCAGUCCACUCAGCCUCCAUACAUGGCACUCACAGGCUGGACGUGUCGUGAUGACUGCAGAUAUCAGUGCAUGUGGACCACCGUGGGCCUUUACCAGGCUGAAGGCUACAGCAUACCACAGUUUCAUGGGAAGUGGCCGUUUGCCCGUUUCCUAUGUUUUGAAGAACCUGCAUCGGCACUAGCAUCUCUGCUAAAUGGCUUAGCAUGUCUGCUAAUGCUGCUGAGGUACCGCAGCGCAGUCCCUCGCCAGAGCCCCAUGUACCACACCAUCACCGCCUUCUCACUGGUUUCCCUGAAUGCAUGGUUCUGGUCUACUGUAUUCCACACAAGAGACACCUAUCUAACAGAGAAGAUGGACUACUUCUGUGCGUCAGCUGUCAUUCUCUACUCCAUCUACUUGUGCUGUGUCAGGACGUUGGGCUUGCGCAGACCGGCAAUUUCCAGCAUGGUGGGAGUUCUGCUCAUUCUGGCCUUCACAUCUCAUGUGUCUUAUCUGACCUUUGUCAGUUUUGACUAUGGGUACAACAUGGCUGCCAACGCCUCUAUAGGCAUAAUAAACCUGCUCUGGUGGCUGUGCUGGUGUUGGCUGAACCGGAGGAUCUUGCCAUACUGGUGGAAGUGUGGGAUGGUGGUGCUCUUACUGCAUGGUCUUGCUCUGCUGGAGCUGCUGGAUUUCCCUCCACUCUUCUGGGUUCUAGAUGCUCAUGCUGUCUGGCAUCUCAGCACUGUGCCCGUCCACUUCCUCUUCUACAGUUUUCUGAUAGACGACAGCCUUCACCUCCUGAACACAGAGAAGCCUGGAGUGAAACUGGACUAGGAGGAAUCAGUCUCAGAACCACAACCCCUCCUAUGAAAUCCUUCCCAUCAGGGCAAGUGCAAGCCGGACUGAGCCAGGCCUCAUGGCAGUGGUUUUUCCGGCACAUGUCCUGGGGUUCCAAUUUCACCAUUUUCUUGUGUUUACAUUUAGUUUUUACCAUAUUUUAAAACCAUAUUUUAUCAUUUUAUUUUAUUUUUGCGUUGUACUGGUCGUCGUUUGGUCCGGUUUUAAAGAUGUGCCACUUUACAAUAGUCGAAACCUGAUUGAUAUUUGCAUUCACUGAGCUUUGCCUUCGAUUGAGAAGAAAAUUAGCCUUUCUUAACCACUUUAUCAACAUGGCACACUUUUAAAGAGGUGCACCGUCAUUGCUAACAAUUACCUUUGCAUAUCUCCAAUUCAUAUCCGUCUACAUUUGUGCUGUGUGACUUAAUAGCCCUGAAGUGAAUUUUAUUCUGAGUUGAGAUCAAUUUUUACUUUUAAAACAUGUGUUUAUUAUAAGCGUGCUGAACUCAGGAGGGGUUAUGAGUGAGCAGUGUGUGCUCUGUUUCUGAGACGCGUGACGGUUUUACUCAUUAAGGUGCAAUAUCAGGAGUGACCAGCAGACGGCGACAGUGUUCAUUAGUUUUUUCACUGUUUACAGUUCUCUGAUUUCCCAGCACUGACUAUGGUUGAUUAGGCAUUUUGUUGACGUGCGUAUCAAGUUACCCAUAAUUUUUAUUGUUUACUUUUUAACCAUUUUUAAUUAACUUUAAUCACUGGAGAUUUAAAGGAAUAGUUCAUAUAAUGACAAUGGCCUUAAAGUAUUUUUUGUGGAAUAUAUAACCUGGUGUAACACAUUCCUGGGAAAACUGAAUCUUAUUUUAUUCUUCAAAAUUGACCUAGGUUUACCUGUAAAAAGGUAUUCUUGGGUACAAUACUAAUCCAUUAGAAGCAUUGAUUGGACAAACAUAACUCAUGAUAUUUUUACAUCAAAGCUCUAGCAUUGCACAUCUUCCUAUUUUACACACUGAAAAAAUUAUUUAUUAGAUUUACUAAAAACUUAUGGUAAGUGGUUGCAAACAAUUUAUAUAGGCUGAAUUUAAACAAACAAAUAAAGUAACUAAAUUACUAAAUUUAAUUAGUUUGUUUAAAUUCAGCCUUAAUAAAUUGUUUGCAGCCACUUACCUUAACUAAAUUAGUAAAUCCUUUUUUCAAAGAUAAAGUGGUUGCAAACAAUUUAUAUAGGCUGAAUUUAAACAUACAAAUUUAAUUGACUAAUGUUCAACAUUAUUAUAAAAAAAAACAACAAAAUAAAAGUUUAUUUAUUAAUUUGAUUUACUAAUAUGAUUUACCUAUCUCCUUUACAAUAACACGUGUUUUAAUGGUUUUUAAUAACUGGGAUGUUGGAUAAAAUCUUUAGCGUUUAGCCUUGUGUGGGUCUGAAAUUUCAUUUGCAGUGGUCUUAAAAGUUUUAAAUUUGACUUUAUGAAACCUGUAGAAACCCUGCAUACACUCUCUCUUUCAAGCACACAAACGCUGCAGCCAAUUUCUCAAAAAAAAAAAAAAAAGAAUAGAGAGAGAGGAAUUUAUAAUGUGGAAUCACAUAAUCCAGUCAAACCAAAACACUCCAAACACUCACUUCAAAACUAAAAAAAAAAAAA